CUUUUGCGGCUGGCCUAGCGGUAAGCCGUCAUUCUUGACCGUCGACGCUUAGCUUGUGAGUGAUAUCUAAGGCGCCUUUCGAGCCCCGAGAAGCUUCCUGUCAUGCAUUAUGUAGACUCUCAAGGUAAAUCGUGGUGGAACGCCACAACCACAACAUUUCAUACUCACAAUCUCUUCUUUUCCGUUUCCUCAUCUCAGAAGCCAAGAUGCCUUCUGCAGUCCCUACCCGCAAAGAUAGAAUCACAAAAUUCACAAACUGCAGACUGGUGAUCGGGAAUGAGUUGGUGGAGCAAGAUCUGUGGGUGAGCUCGGCGACUGGCAAGAUUGUGCGGAGUCAACAGGUGUUCUAUGGCGAGAACGUGGUGCCAGACAUCACGAUCGAUUUGAGAGGGAAGAUCGUCGCGCCGGGCUUGAUUGAUGUCCAGCUCAAUGGAGCGUUUGGGUUCAAUUUCAGCCAGAUACCGGAGGAUCCGUCCACGUAUGGGAAGACGCUGAGGCAGGUGAACAAGCGUUUGAUACAGACCGGAGUCACGUCCUACCUGCCAACACUCACGUCGGAAAAGAUUGAAGUAUAUCAUCAGGCACUCCCCUUCCUGGGUCCCUCGGGCACACACCGCAUCGCAGAAGACGGAUCCGAAUCCCUCGGCGCUCACGUCGAAGGGCCUUUCAUCAACCCCACCAAAAACGGAAUCCACAAAGUAGGCAACAUCAUCCCCGCCCACAGCAUUACCGACCUAGAAACCUGCUACCUCUCCUCCCACCUAAACCCCACCCUCGACCCCCUCACUGGUACCCUUCGUCCCCCCAUCAUCAAGAAAAUCACUGCCGCGCCAGAAGUCGCAAACAUGAUGAGCCUGAUCCCAGAGAUCACAUCUAGAGGAAUAAUCUACUCUAUUGGACACACAGAAGCCACCUACGAAGAAGCCUCUCUCGCCGUCGCCUCGGGCGCAACCAUGAUAACGCACCUCUUCAACGCCAUGCGUCCCCUGCACCACCGCAACCCCGGCGUCUUCGGCGUCCUGGGGCUCGCUGAGUCUCUUCCCCGUCCCUAUUUCGGGAUCAUAGCAGACGGCAUCCAUCUCCACCCCACCAGUAUAAAAAUCGCGUUCAACGCGCACCCUGAAGGUUUCAUACUGGUGACUGAUGCGAUGCAUCUCGUUGGGCUGGAGGAUGGGGUGUAUGAGUGGACGAACGGGGAGAGAAUCAUCAAGGUUGGGGCGAAAUUGAUUUUAGAAGGCACGGUGGAUAAGAUUGCUGGGAGCAGUAUCACUUUGAUUGAGUGUGUGACGAACUUUUUGAAUUGGGGAGGCGUCAGUAUCCCAGCUGCGUUGAAGGCGGUUACGAGUACGCCGGCUGCGAUGCUCGGCAUGUCGGCGGUGAAGGGCAAUUUGGUCAGUGAUGCGGAUGCGGAUUUGGUUGUUAUUGAGGAGGAGCAUGAUGCAAAUGGAUGGCGGAAUCUGAGGAUUGAUCAAGUGUGGAAGUUUGGGACGAAGGUGUGGGAUAGGGAAUUGUAGAUGAGAAGAGAGAACCUUCAGAGGUCGAUUGCAGAUGCAUGUAUCAGGCGUUCAGUGUUUACCUUCAAGAGAUUUUCGGGAUCAAGAUUGUGCAUCUUUGACCCACAGUGGAAGUUAGAAAGAUUUCCCCGUACAUAAGCACCAAAUAAAGCCAAUGACAAUGUGUAUAUAUUCCUGGGUUGCAGGUGUCAUUGUGUCCCUGCCCCUUCCCAUCAUCACGUGCUUCACUCACAACCUUGAGCGAUUCUUCCUAGUCAUCUCAGACACUCCUCCUCCAAGC